AUGACCCUCAACACCUCGGCCAUGCAUGAAGUUCCUUGGACUCAAACGAAUGCGACGAGGAUGAUAAUCGCCAAUCUGCAGCUGGCUCAGGUACAGACGCUACGGACGACGCAUCUUACAUUGGGAGCGUUCAGUCUAUUUCUGGCGCUGUUGAUGGUCCACCGUAUUGUGUCAGACGCGAGAAGAGCGGCAGCUCUGCAUGUCACACCGAGAAAGCAGAGGUUUAGUGCUCUUCAAAAUGUCCAUUCCGCCGAGACCUUCCCACUCGCGCUGGCCUGCGGUGCAGUCCUACAGCAAAUUAUUUUCGUAGCGGUGCAGAGCACAUCCCUUAACAGUAUAUUCUCUAAAAAUUGUCGGGGGCUGGCAAUGAUUACGUACCCUGCUAUAUUUGUGGUCGGAUACAUCACUUUGGUUUUCGGCAUCGAGAUGGCGUGGAGAGGCUUCAGACGUGAACGCUUUGCUCCGCGCGGCAAAUGGAACACGACAAUCUGCGUCGGCGUAGUAUCUUUCAUGCUACUCCUAACCUGGAUGCCGACAAUCGCCUGGCCAAUGUACAACCGUUGCUUUGGCAGUCUGAUAUGGUUUCCCAUGCGAUACGAUCUCUUGACAUUGAUCAUUUUGUGUGUUUUGGUCUUCUCCUUCCUAUCGUUGGCGGCUCUUAUCAGCAUUCAACUGAUGAGGACAUCGGCUUUGGAUCCCAACGAGCGAAUCUCAGCUUCACGCAUGACUUAUUUUCUAAUAGUUGCUGCAUUGAUCUAUAUCCUCGUGAUCCCAGUUCAAGUUCAAUCCAUUCGACGAGACUUCAUGAACCUGGUAUCCACCUCCAGAGUCGCUGAGAUCUCCCUCUUCUCCUCCGGUAUAGUAAUGACGGUCUUCCACCUCUUCCUCCGCACCAAUGCGAUGCGAAUGGUAAUCCGACCAAUGGAUGAAAUGAGGGCUCCCACAAAGCAAAAGCGACCAAAGCUCCGAUUCUUCGGCCCAAGCGACCUUGAAAUGAACAUUAGCGGCCCAAUGGCGCUACAAAGCAGCCGCCGACUAGAGAGCAGACAAGGUCUCAUUGAUGUGGGACCCGAGAAGAACCACUUUGAUAUCGAUCCCGAGUACUUCGUCCGACCAGAGCGAGCCUUAACACCAGCGUCCACCAAGUCGCAAAGUCCGAUUGAUCCAACCAAAUGGCCUUUGCCACCAGAUGUCGACGAAACCCAAGUUGCAGCACCGGGAAACGAGCGAGGAAGACAAAGCUAUUCUCUUUUUCCAACACGGGCCGAAAAUGUCCCUCGUCUACCUGCAACCGUGUACGAUCCAAAUGUCGCAAAGGACACUGCAGUUUCCAAGCUGGCCAAGCGUCGCUUCACACGGAGGAGUUCCAUCACAAAUGUCAGCGAAGCAUUCGACUUCUUGACUAAACCCAAGCCACUCUUUACAGAAAAACAUCGUCGUGAUAGGAGCACAGAUAGUAGCGCUACCGUUCAGAUCGGACUUCGAUUCUCACUAGCACCGGCUACACUUGCAGCAGCCAAGUGCACUCAACCGGAACGCAACAUGGACCAGGCUAACUCAAGCGCUCCACCACUGAAGCGCGGCGAGACUCAAUCUAGUGGAGAAUCACUUGGCCUCCCAAUCCAAAAUCCUUCCACCACCAGUACUACAACCAACAAUGACCCAAGUCCCAGCGCGUCCGCCCAACCAGGGCCCAGCAACAAAUCUCCUUCCAAGCCACGAAUGACGAGCCCAGCUCGAACCCCGGCAUUCCCCUUAACUCCAGCCGAAAACAGCAGUGCUUACCUGCAAGCUCAGCGGGAAAAAGUCCUCCCUCCGCCGCCACCACGCACACCACGCUCACCGGUCUCUACGCCGAAACCCGCGGCCCAGCCGUCUGCUCCCACAUCCGUCGUCGUGAGCGGACUUCGUAUGAACCCCAUCACUCCCGUGACAUCUGUCGGCUCACCAACGGCAUCAGCACCAGGCACACCUGCUUUACCCACUCCAGUAGGGUCAAGCAGUGGCAAAUCGGCUCCUAGUCCUACGGCACGGAUACCCCUCGGUGCGGGUACGAUGUCCAGGAGUCCUCCAUUCAAUGGUUGGAUCUGA